AUUGUUUGUCGGGACGCCUCAUUAAGUCCCGGGCUCUGCCAAAAAAACAACAAUAAAAAAUAAAAAUAAAAAGCCCUGAGGAGUCUGGAAGCCCAAGCGGUUCCCUCGGCGCCCGCCCCGCGGUGAAACCGGAGCGGGCGGGAUGGGGAUGGGGCCGGGGUAUAAAUGGGGCAUUCCCUGCCCCGCAGAGAGCCGGCCCACCAUGCCCAACAAGAAGAAAUACAACGUCAACGGCGAGUCGGGGAUGAAGGCCCAGAUCCAGUUUGCUGACCAGAAGCAGGAGUUCAACAAGCGCCCCAGCAAGAUCGGCCGCCGGUCGCUGUCGCGCUCCAUCUCGCAGUCCUCGACAGACAGCUACAGCUCAGCCGCCUCCUACACGGACAGCUCGGACGAUGAGACCUCCCCGCGGGACAAGCAGCAGAAGAACUCCAAGGGCAGCAGCGAUUUCUGCGUCAAGAACAUCAAACAGGCCGAGUUCGGGCGGCGCGAGAUCGAGAUCGCCGAGCAGGAGAUGCCGGCGCUGAUGGCUCUGAGGAAGAGAGCCCAGGGGGAGAAGCCUCUGGCCGGGGCCAAGAUCGUGGGCUGCACCCACAUCACGGCACAGACGGCGGUGCUGAUGGAGACGCUGGGAGCGCUGGGGGCUCAGUGCCGCUGGGCCGCCUGCAACAUCUACUCCACCCUCAACGAGGUGGCCGCAGCCCUGGCCGAGAGCGGGUUCCCUGUGUUUGCCUGGAAGGGCGAAUCCGAGGACGACUUCUGGUGGUGCAUCGACCGCUGCGUCAACGUCGAGGGCUGGCAGCCCAACAUGAUCCUGGACGAUGGAGGAGACCUCACCCACUGGAUCUACAAGAAAUACCCCAACAUGUUCAAGAAGAUCAAGGGCAUCGUGGAGGAGAGCGUCACCGGCGUGCACAGGCUGUACCAGCUGUCCAAGGCGGGGAAGCUCUGCGUGCCCGCCAUGAACGUCAACGACUCGGUCACCAAACAGAAAUUCGACAACCUCUACUGCUGCCGGGAGUCCAUCCUGGACGGCCUCAAGAGGACGACAGACAUGAUGUUCGGGGGGAAGCAGGUGGUGGUUUGUGGCUAUGGGGAGGUGGGGAAGGGCUGCUGUGCCGCGCUCAAGGCCAUGGGCUCCAUCGUCUACGUCACCGAGAUCGACCCCAUCUGCGCCCUGCAGGCCUGCAUGGACGGGUUCCGGCUGGUGAAGCUCAACGAGGUCAUCAGGCAGGUGGACAUCGUCAUCACCUGCACAGGGAACAAGAACGUGGUGACCAGGGAACAUCUGGACAGGAUGAAGAACAGCUGCAUCGUCUGCAACAUGGGGCACUCCAACACCGAGAUCGACGUGGCCAGCCUGCGCACGCCUGAGCUCACCUGGGAGCGCGUCCGGUCGCAGGUGGAUCACGUCAUCUGGCCCGACGGCAAGAGGAUCGUGCUGCUGGCAGAGGGCCGCCUGCUGAACCUGAGCUGCUCCACCGUGCCCACCUUCGUCCUGUCCAUCACGGCCACCACGCAGGCCCUGGCUCUGAUCGAGCUCUACAACGCCCCCGAGGGCCGCUACAAGCAGGACGUGUAUCUGCUGCCGAAAAAAAUGGACGAGUACGUGGCCAGCCUGCACCUGCCCACCUUCGACGCGCACCUGACGGAGCUGACGGACGAGCAGGCCAAGUACCUGGGGCUCAACAAGAACGGACCCUUCAAACCCAACUACUACAGAUACUGAGCUCCUGCAUCCCGGGGAGUCGCAGGAGCAGCAGCAGCCACCGAGAAUUUCUCAACUACUGUACAGGAUGAAACCGCGCAAGCUUCCCACGCUAGAGCCGGGCUUGCUGCCAUAGUCGACAGUGUGUUUUAGGUUAUUUAUUUAUUAAAUUAGAAUACUGUUCACGUGGCCUCUGCCACUGGUGUUCGUCCUGCCGCGGGACUGGGAGACGCUGGAUUUUCUUUCCGUUCCUUUCAUUUUUCUCUUUGGGUUCGUUCCUUUCCGGGGCUGGGAGGACGGGGAAGGCGAGGAGGAAGCUGCUGGGAUGGAGCCGUGGAAUGGUCCCUCACCCCUGCUCACCCCGUGCGCGGCCCGGGAGCCGCUCCGGGCCUCCUCCAGCGCUGCUCCGGCGGGCGGCUCGACAACCGAGCCAAACCCUCGCUGGCUCCCGCCCGGCCGGGAUCUGGCUGGAGAAGCCUCUCCGUGUGCCCUGGGCGCGCCCGGGGCCGUGCCCAGCCGGGGAACCUCGCCUUAGCCCCGCCCGGAGCUGUGCCCGAGGGUCGGCGCCGGCCGGGGCCAGCCCCGAGCGCUGCCCCGGCGCGGCCCCGCGGCGUUUUCCUGCUGCUGUCGUUCCGAGUGCCAACCUCUGGAUCAACCAAAGUCGUGUUCCCGGCGGGGCCGCGCUGCCGGGAGGGCCUCGCCCGCCGAUGCUGCUGAUGCGGCCGGCACCUCUGCCACGCCCGCAGAGCUCGCCGGCCGCCCGGCUGGGAGGAGCCCGCUCCUUCUCCAGCUGGAUCUCAGUCCUCAUUGGAAAUGUUUUAUUUUCUGCUCAUAUCUGUACGAAUCCGGAAAUCCCCUGUGGAAUGUACGAGACGUCACCGGAGUGACCCCCACGUGCCAGGGGAGCGUUGAGCAUCACUCAAACCCUCGGGCCACCUCGAAUCUCGACGUGUCAGAGCUGAUGGAGAAUAAAUCUGCCAGAGUUCCCUGCUUUAUCCCAGGAUGUCCCCCCUGAGCAUGGGACAGCGUGGCCCUUGCCAAGGUGACCUCCCAAGUGUCCGACCGGAGUCACUCCUGUCCCUCACGGGUGGCCCUGCUGAAAUAAAACUGCCCAGCCCCGUGAGCACAGCAGCCUUUGUCCUCCCUGCUUCUUCCCGAGUCUCUCAUCGGCUGCAGAUCUGUGUUUUGUCCUCCUGGGCUUCUUUGCCAUCGUGGAGAACUUUCCUGUUCACGCACAAGGAAGGGAGAACGGAGGAGUUACGGCCUCAAGGCCCUCCCAGGGCUCUCAGGAGGGUCAGGUUGCCACAAGUCGCUCAUCUCCAGAGCAAACGUUCCCGUGUGCCGGCUCACUCCGAGCUUCUCUUUGAAAUCUCUCAAAAUCAGGAAGGAAAACCUUGAGAAGACCUUGAGGAAACCUUGAGGAGACCUUGGGAAGGCGUCAGGGCUCUGAGGAGGCCUUGAGGAGAUGUUCAGGCUUUGAGAAGCUUCCACGCAGACUGGUGGCUAACCAGAGACUGGAAAUGAUCUCUGCUGCUUCGUUUCACCCCGAUCCUGAGAUUUUUGGGAAGAAUCCCCUGAGCUGUUGGAAGCGUCACAGCCGGGUCUCGCCCCCGCUGUCCUCCGGGGCAGAGCAACUUUGGGAAGAGCAGGAAUCCCAUCCCGAGCCAACCACAGCCACUUCCCCCUGGAAAAGACCCUUUCAUCCCAACCCCUCCAACCCCCAGAGCCUGCUCUGCACAGCCCCGGGUCCCUUCAUGCCCUCUUUGAACCCCCUUUUAUCUUCCAGGUAGAUAGGAAGGGAAAAAAAUAUAUAUAUUAAUACUAAAAUCCCAACUGGCUUUUCCCACCUCGAUUUUUAAAGCUCUUCUCCAUGUUCUGCUUCUCCUGUAAAAGCUUUUUGGCUCGCUUGGCUUUUUUCCUAAUCAACCUGGAAUCAUAUCCUAUGAUCAUCUCUAAAUUAAACGUGUAAUGGGGUUUGGUUUCUUUUAUCUUUUUUUUUUUUUAAUGUAACACAUUUUCCAAGAUUUAGGAAAAAGGAGAUUUUAGGUAACACCAGCAAAAUCAUAUAAAGGAAAUUAAUUCUGUUCUGAACUUUAGAGAUAAUAAGACAAAACUCGUCAUCAGCAGUGAGGAAACAAAAACGUUGCAACCGUAACAUUUCAAAAAGGAUGUUUUAAAUAUUAAUGUCUGAGUGAUUGUAUUAGAUCAGCAAUAAAGACUCUGUAAUCUCAAAACACAAAUAAAACAUUGGAAAACUCCGCC